AUUAAUCUCUCUCUCUCUCGCACAGAUUUCAUUUCGCCUAAUUCGUCCUCUGCUUGAUGGAAAAGGGGAAGAAAGCGGCCAACGAGAUCACGUCGUCCCUCAGAAAUCUCCAUCUCGCGCCGAGCCCUCGAUCCGUCGCUAUCGCCUCCUUUCCCGAUUCUUUCUCUUUAUCAUUGAAGAAAACUAAGCCUCCAAGUCUAGUCAACCUGUGCCUUGGAUUUCUUGGUCAGUAUUUGGAGGAUAUCAUUGCUGAUAUUUCAGAGAUAGCAGCAGUAUUUCCAUCAGAUAUCAAGUUGGCUUUGGUGGCUAUUGCAAGGAGGAGACAGUUACUGAAUGAUAAUCUUCUUGUUGCAUUAGCUGAAGUUUCAUGGAAGAUUCUAGAUAUAUCUGGAUCCAAUGUCACUGAUUAUGGUUUGAAAAAAGUUGCAGAGAUUUGCACUAGUUUGCAGGCUGUCGAUAUUAGUCAUUGCGACAAGAUAACUGCUACUGGUGUGUCAGGCCUCAUUUGUCACUGCCAAUCAUUGGAAAUCUUGAGAUGCGGGGGGUCUCCCAGGAGUGAAUCUACUGCCCGUAGAUGUGUUGGUAUCUUGAAGCCUAAAUUGAACAAUGUGGAGGAAGAAUCAUGGGAGGAGCUUGAAAAUGCUGACAUCGGAAGUGGUGCCCCAUCACUACGCUGGCUUGUAUGGCCAAAGGUAGAUGAGGCUUCAAAGGCAACAAUGGCUGCUGAAUGUCCCCGAAUCAUCGUAAAUCCUCAACCCUCGCCCUUUGGCUUCCGAGGAAUGCAAGUUCCAAAUGAAGCACUGGUAUCUGUAGCUCUGGACUAUUCUAUCAUUGAUGGCAUUGAUCCCAAAACCUGGGCUGUUUCAGGCGCUGCUAGAAGUACUGCCCUGAAGCUACCUGUUUCCAAUGAGACAUCAGAAUUGCCUAUAGCCGAACGCUUUAGGCUUGCAUUUUUAGAGAGGGAUGCGAGGUUGGCUCCUAAACGAGCAAAAAAUGCGAGGCAACACAAGCGACGAGCCGAGAGGGAGUACUUAAUGAGUAGUUCGAGUGCAAAGUCCAUCAUGCUUGCCUCCCAAGCUAGCAAAUUGUUGCAUCAUAGAAGCUGAUUACAGGCAUGUUUUGCACCUCGGAACUUUCAUGUUUUGCUUCAGUGGCUUGUAUUCAUUCCCCUUGAUAGGUGACUUUCAUCGAGUCUUCUAGUCAAUUUUCUCUGUAUAAUAUGCACAAAAUGUAUUAAGUGUUAUCUGAUAUCACUUUCUUCCAAGGAAAAAAGGGAAGAUAUUAAACAGAA